AUGGCUCAACAGGAAGAAGGGUGGCCAUUGGGCCUGCAGCCACUGAAUGUAAGAGUUGGGCUUGUUCGAAAUCGUGAUCUCAAUGGCUCACUUUCAUUCAACACUUUGCUUACUGGAUCACCAAUUUCUUCCUCUGAUUCUUCUUCUGAUCUUGAUACUGAGUCGACGGGUUCGUUCUUCCACGACAAGAGCAUAACUCUCGGGAGCCUUAUCGGAAUUUCCAACAUCCUCGAGCUGUCGAGAAGAUCGACGAGAGGCCGGCAAAUAUCCGAGCCCGUAAGAAACAAGAAGAAUAAUUACAAGACGAGAACAUGGUUUUUGUCCUUAUGUUCGAGGCUAAGUACGGAUGCCGUUAGCAUGAACAAUGCCCCAUCUCUCGGCCAUUUUCUCGAGGCCGAGAGACGAGCUGCCGGCAAUUGCAGACGAAACCCUAGCCCGGUCCUUUACGGGCCCGACGAUUUCUCACAUGCUCCUGAGCCCAAUAACCCGUUGUUUGUGGAAGGCCAAGUGGCUCCACCUGGGCCGGAUUCUUGGCCCAACCCAGGUGGAGAGGCCGGGCUCGACGGGCAACCGUUGCUACUCUCGUGUUUAUGCGGAAAUCUUGCACAUUGA